AUGGCCUCAUCAACACAGCCUGCGGCAGAAUUGUCGCAUUUGCCCAAGGCAGACGGCUCUGCUGCUUUCUCGUACUCGGGAUACACUGUUACAGCCGCCGUCAACGGCCCCAUUGAAGCACAGCGAAGAGACGAAAACCCAUUCGAGGCUAUCCUGGACGUCAAUGUUCGCCCAGCUGCGGGCGUUGGAGGCACUGCUGAAAGACAGCUCGAAUCCAUUCUGAUGCCUGCUUUACGACAGCUGAUUCCCAUUCGAAACUUCCCACGCUCGCUCAUCCAGAUCACACUGCAAAUCACAGAAACGCCCGAGAAUACAUAUGUUAACGCCAAGUUGACUCAGGCACGUCUGAACUUGCCCAUCAUUCCAGCCCUGCUGCACGCUUCCGUCCUCGGCCUUCUCACUGCCGCUAUUCCACUCAAGGGGAUCGCCACAGCUGUUGCCCUCGCUCUCCCCGCGCAAGGCGGCAAGGACGGCAUCAUUGCCGACCCAGACACGAGACAGGCCGAGACGGCAGAAAGCUUACACGUCUUGGGCUUCACCUCUGACAACGAGCUGCUGCUAGCAGAGAGCGAGGGUUCGUUCACCCAAGAGGAAUGGAACAGCGUUUUGGAUGCCGGCCAGCGCAUCUGCACUCGAAGCGCUUCCCGAGACGGAGACGACGCAGCCAUGGACUACGUUGGUGUCGACUCGCCCAGCGUCAAGGACUUUAUCCGCGCUACCAUGGCGGCCAAGGUUUCCGAAGACUUACAAUGGAAGUGA